AUGUCCACCCACCCCAUCCAACCAUGGGACUACAUCGCCAAAAUCAUCGCUCUCGGUGACAGCGGCUCCGGCAAAUCCAGCCUAACGAUCCGACUCUGCGAAGGCCGCUUCGUCUCCCACCACGACGUAACCAUCGGCGUCGAGUUCGGCUCACGAGUCGUCGAAGUCGGUCCCCCCGCCUCCCUCGAAUACAACAUCAACAACCCGCACACCCCCGCCCCUUCCGCAUCGAACAAAUCCAAAACAAAGUCCCCGAACGACCGCACCGCGCCCCAAGAUGCGCAGCAGAAACACAUGAAGCUCUCCCUCUGGGACACCGCGGGGCAGGAGACGUACAAAUCCAUCACGCGCUCGUACUUCCGCGGCGCGAGCGGGGCGUUGUUGGUCUUCGACAUUACGCGCCGGAAUACUUUCAACUCUGUCACCAGCUGGCUUCAUGACCUGAGACAGAUAGCGGAAGAAGACAUCGUCGUAGUCCUCGUGGGGAAUAAAUCCGACCUCGCGCCCUCCUCAACCGUCAGCGGCGCCACCACAGCGGCGAAUAAACGCCAAGUCACGCGCGAGGAAGCGGAGGAGUGGUGUAGAGCGAAUAAGGUGAUGCAGUAUAUCGAGACGAGCGCGAAGAGCGGGGAGAAUGUGGAACGGGCUUUUCUAGAGGUGGCGGAGCGGAUUUAUCAGAAUAUCGAGGCGGGGAAGUAUGAUUUGAAUGAUCGGCGGAGUGGGGUGAAAGGGCCGGGAGCAGGGGGUGGGGCGGCGACGGGGAGGACGGUGAAUUUGGGCAAGGGCACCGGGGCGGGGAAGAAGACGGGUUGGGGUGGGGGUUGUUGUUGA